GUUGCCCUGAAAGAUCGACGCUUCGCGCUCAAAAGCACAACAACCGAUAGCCUCCAGUUUACAAGAUGCUCGUACGACAGUUCGCCACAUCACGUGAAUCCCCGGAGUUAAGCGGGGCAGACAGUGUGGGACCUGUGGAGAGAAUUUCAACCUUCUACGGACCUAGAUCCACCAGCUUGCAAGCUAGAACGACCCAAGAGUAUACUGCAUACGUUCAGAAACUGUUGUUCUUCAACCAUUACAUCGUCAUCAACGCCUCUUUCCUUCGUCUCUUACUAUGCAAACUCAGAAAGACAGCAGAGCUACCACAUCGUGCACAGAGUGCCAACGGCGCAAGCAAAAGUGUUCUCGCGAAUGGCCAUGUAACCACUGCCAGGCAAGAAAAGUCGCUCAUCUGUGCCAAUUUGCUGUGAAAAAGCCGCAGCAUGAGUCUCCGAUAGACUCUGCACGGGAGGUUUCUGGUGAGAGCAGAGGCCAGAAAAGGUGUCAUCCCAAUUCGUUUGAAGGAGCCUCUACUCUACCGCAGAAUGGCGAGGCCGGACAGAGCGAAGAUGGCCUCAAGGUUUGGGGUUAUAUGCCGGGCCAUGUGCACUGGAAAGUCGGAGCUACCGAUGAUGGUUUCCAACGGAAGCAAACAGCAUCAGAGCCAACAGGAGUUGAUAUUGUGGAGCGCGUGCUACACGCUGUUCCGCCAAGAUCAAUAACUGACGCUUUCGUCAAUCACUUCCUUGGUGUAGUCAAUUACCGAUACAGCACGAUCUACGCACCAACUUUCACGAAUCAGUACGUGCAGUGGUGGGCUGAUCGAGCCGCCAGCAAACAGUUGUCUCCAGAAUUUACCUGCCUCCUCCUGAGAAUAUGCGCAUAUUCUGUCCAGUAUCUCACUCCAUCAUUACGAAAAAUGAUCGAGUUCGAGCUGGCCUGUAACCUCCAGCAGCUUACUGAUCGUUUUUCAAAUGCCGCAGAGCAGCUCAGUCAAAGCUUCACAGCCUCGAACACGUGUAUCGAACGUGUCCAAGAACAGUUUUUGAAAGGUGCCUGGCUCAAAUCAGAAUCGAAAAUCGUCGAGUCCUGGCAUGCGCUGGGCUGUACAAUACGAGAAGCGCAGGAAUUGGGGAUCGAUAGGGAUGCCAAUAUCGAGGGGCUGAGCGAAUUCGACAUCGAGAUCAGGAGGAGGAUUUGGGCCUUAUUAUACAUCUGGGAUUGGCAAAUGGGGGCCUGGCUAGGAAGACCCAACCUUAUUGACCAGAAGAACCUUAACUUCAAGUUACCGAACCUGCGAUUGGACCAAUCGAGCUCGGAGCCAAAUUUGCUGUCGCCAUUUGCUCACAUGGCUCUCCAAGCGAGUCUCGGUCGACGACUAAAUACCAUCAUGGGUGAUGCGCAGUCUGUAGACGACCUAUCCGCUGAUGAGAUCGUCACUAUAGAAGCCGAGCUCGACAAGUUUGUUGAUGAACUUCCUACAAUAUUCCGGCUCCACGAUCCAGACACCUCACUUGACGCCGAACAUCCGUACUUCGUAUUUCAGCGUCAUCAGCUCCAUACCGUGGUGUAUGUGACCAAGCUCGACUUCCUGAAGCCGUUCCUUACGCGCGCUCGAGAUGACAAGAAGACCGAUCGAGAUGAUGAGUUUCUAGCGAUGGGGAUAGAUCUGGCUCUUGAUGUCCUCAAGGUCGCUCGACGUCUGUUCGAUCAUGAAUUUCCCAUAAACGCCAAGUUUCACAUGGUCGUGUUCUCAAUCUUCGACACUUCGACGAUCCUAUGCUCGGCUAUCAUCCACGACCACGAAGGUCGUUUGCCUCGACGGGACGAAGUGACCAAUGCCAUCGACGGCUCGCUCGACAUGCUGCAUCAACUCAGCUUGACCACAAAGCUCGGUGCAUCAUCCUACGCCUUCCUCUACAAGCUGGUCCAGUCCCAUCCUGAGCUGUCGCGUGGCACAGAGAACAGAAAGCGCGCCCGGAAACAGCCGUCUACCUCUACUCGCACGCUCGAGCCUCCGCCUCUUGUGCAUCAUGCUUCUUCGCGAGACUCAAUCACUAGCUCAGUCGACCAUCCUACGCAGCCGCCAGCCAUGGUAUCAGCCCUGCCGCAGACUUACGUUCCUGUGGAGCCAGCUCCUUCUAUGCCAAUCCUGAAUAAUUUCUCGUUCGACGUGGAUCAGUUUCUGGCGCAGAACCCCCUCGGAAAUGCUGCAGCUCUGGACAUGGGCGGCAUGGAGCAGAUCUGGGAUUGGGAGGAUCUGAAUUUGGAUCAGUUUCCCUGUUGAGCUCCAGCAAGAAUACGUCCAGCUGAUGGAUUCCUAAUUGUAAAGUCAUAUAUGGCUCGACUGCAUCCUUUCGACCGAGUGCUGCCCUCCAUUGCCACAAGUUCAAUCGAUAGGCUACACACUGUACCAAUAAAUAAUCCUUAUGCGCACAUUGAGCUCCAUGACGAGGUACAACACAGGGCAAAGUUUGAAAUAUACGGUUUCGCGGAGGGGUCGUGUUAUCCGCAGGUGCAGGGUACGUUCCUAGUAUAUCAUCUUCACUAGUCCGAAAUACGUCGGCAGGCCCGACCAUAUCCGACGCAGUACUGUAGUAAC